AUGGCUGAUGUUAGCGACUCUAGCAAUACUCAGAUUCUUGACUCAGCCUCAGCCCCCAUCAUCACCACCAUCUGUUUGUGUAAUGAGAUUUUUCUUUUGGGUACAAAAGUAGGAAAUGAAGCUAAUGAUGUGACAGAAGUUGGGUAUGCUAUGGCUUAUGAAGAUACUGUUGUGCUUGAUAGUCCAUUAGCUGAAACCCAGUUGGAGAAACUUGUUUUUGAUGAUGAGGUUGUGGGUGAUGGGAUUGGGGGUGCAAAGAUUGAAAGGGAAUGUGAUGGACUUGUGGAAGGGGCAGCUCAGUUCGCCUUGAAAGCGAGUGGACAUGGCAUUGGCAUCAAAUGUCUCCAACCAGGAACAAUUUGGAGCAGAUUGAAUUACAUCAAUUCUCAGGAACCUGGGGAGUCGGCUGAAGCCAAUGCACUCAGGUUUGUGGAUCACUUCUUGUCAUCUAACAAUGUUGGCAUGUCUCCAAGUGUUGGCCAUGGAAAGACUUUUAGGGAGAAAUCACUUCCUGUAUUCAGUGCAAAAGGAACUCAAAGUUUGGCAAAGAGAAUUAAACUUGGAACCGCAAUUGUAAAAACAGGAGCCCUUGAAUGGACUGAUAGUGAUCAGCAUGGAGGUGGUGAAAUUGCUAGCAAAAGGAUGGAGGCAUCUAUUGAUUUUGGAGGUUGCAGGCAGAAAUCAGUGACAAGUCAUCAGGACACCAGGAAUCUUCACAUUAAACAAGGUGGCAGCUUAGUUAAUGAGGGCAAAGAGAACAAUGAGUUCCUAAAUCUCAGUAAGGAAAUGAUGCAUUCAACUUGUGCUGAUUCAAGAUCUGCCUUAUUCAGCUCAAAAGAGAUUAACAGGACAUUACAAGUAAUUGAAAAUAACCCUGUUGAGGAAUUAGAGGAUCGGUUAGAUGCUAGCUUAACAGGACAACAGUUGGAAGCUAGCAAUAUGGAAAGAGAAACAUCUGACAUGUUUGAUAUUGGUUUUAACACUCAAGUGGCUGUUGAAGCUAUGGAAGCUCUAGCAUAUGGACAGUUAUGGUAAUGCUUAUCAAAGUCCAGAAAACAC